AGUAUAUACAAGCUGAACCACCUACCAACAAGUCCCUGUCUAGCCUGGUUGUACAGUUGCUACAAUUUCAGGAAGAAGUUUUUGGCAAACAUGUCAGCAAUGCACCGCUCACUAAACUGCCGAUCAAAUGUUUCCUAGAUUUCAAAGCAGGAGGCUCCCUGUGCCACAUACUUGCAGCUGCCUACAAAUUCAAGAGUGACCAGGGAUGAAUCCAUCACGCAUGGACCGCAACGUGGAAAUGUUCAUGACCAUUGAGAAAUCCUUGGUGCAGAAUAAUUGCCUGUCUCGACCUAACAUUUUUCUGUGCCCAGAAAUUGAACCCAAACUGCUAGGGAAAUUAAAAGACAUUGUCAAGAGACACCAGGGAACGGUCACUGAGGAUAAGAACAAUGCCUCCCAUGUUGUGUAUCCUGUCCCAGGGAACCUGGAGGAAGAGGAAUGGGUACGGCCAGUCAUGAAGAGGGAUAAGCAGGUUCUUCUGCACUGGGGCUACUAUCCUGACAGUUACGACACGUGGAUCCCAGCCAGUGAAAUUGAAGCAUCUGUGGAAGAUGCUCCAACUCCUGAGAAACCUAGGAAGGUUCAUGCAAAGUGGAUCCUGGACACAGACACCUUCAAUGAAUGGAUGAAUGAGGAAGACUAUGAAGUAAAUGAUGACAAAAACCCUGUCUCCCGCCGAAAGAAGAUUUCAGCCAAGACACUGACGGAUGAGGUGAACAGCCCAGAUUCGGAUCGACGGGACAAGAAGGGGGGGAACUAUAAGAAGAGGAAGCGCUCCCCAUCCCCUUCACCGACCCCAGAAGCUAAGAAGAAGAAUGCUAAGAAAGGUCCCUCAACACCUUACACCAAGUCAAAGCGUGGCCACAGAGAAGAGGAGCAAGAAGACCUGACAAAGGACAUGGAUGAGCCCUCACCGGUCCCCAAUGUGGAAGAGGUGACAUUGCCCAAGACAGUCAAUACUAAGAAGGACUCGGAGUCGGCCCCAGUCAAAGGAGGCACCAUGACUGACCUGGAUGAACAAGAGGAUGAAAGCAUGGAGACCACGGGCAAGGAUGAGGAUGAGAACAGCACGGGGAACAAGGGGGAGCAGACCAAGAAUCCGGACCUGCAUGAGGACAACGUGACCGAACAGACCCAUCACAUCAUCAUCCCAAGCUAUGCUGCCUGGUUUGACUAUAAUAGUGUUCAUGCCAUAGAGCGGAGGGCUCUCCCUGAGUUCUUCAACGGCAAGAACAAGUCCAAGACUCCAGAAAUCUACCUGGCCUAUCGAAACUUCAUGAUCGACACUUACCGGCUGAACCCCCAAGAGUAUCUCACGUCCACUGCCUGCCGCAGGAACCUGGCGGGUGAUGUCUGUGCCAUCAUGAGAGUCCAUGCCUUCCUAGAACAGUGGGGUCUUAUUAACUACCAGGUGGAUGCUGAGAGUCGACCAACACCAAUGGGGCCUCCGCCCACCUCGCACUUCCACGUCUUGGCUGACACACCGUCUGGGCUGGUGCCUCUGCAGCCCAAGACCCCGCAGGGCCGCCAGGUUGAUGCUGAUACCAAGGCUGGGCGAAAGGGCAAAGAGCUGGAUGACUUGGUGCCAGAGACGGCUAAGGGCAAGCCAGAGCUGCAGACCUCUGCUUCCCAGCAAAUGCUCAACUUCCCUGAUAAAGGCAAGGAGAAACCGACAGACAUGCAGAACUUUGGGCUGCGCACGGACAUGUACACAAAGAAGAACGUCCCCUCCAAGAGCAAAGCUGCGGCCAGUGCCACUCGAGAGUGGACAGAACAGGAGACCCUGCUACUCCUGGAGGCACUGGAAAUGUACAAAGAUGACUGGAACAAAGUAUCAGAGCACGUGGGAAGCCGCACACAGGACGAAUGCAUCUUGCAUUUUCUUCGGCUUCCCAUUGAAGACCCGUACCUGGAGGACUCAGAGGCCUCCCUGGGCCCCCUGGCCUACCAGCCCAUCCCCUUCAGCCAGUCAGGCAACCCUGUGAUGAGCACCGUUGCCUUCCUGGCCUCUGUCGUCGACCCUCGAGUGGCCUCUGCUGCUGCGAAGUCAGCCCUAGAAGAGUUCUCCAAAAUGAAGGAAGAGGUACCCACAGCCUUGGUGGAGGCCCACGUUCGGAAAGUGGAAGAAGCAGCCAAAGUGACAGGCAAAGCAGACCCGGCCUUUGGUCUGGAAAGCAGUGGCAUUGCAGGAACCACCUCUGAAGAGCCUGAGCGGAUUGAGGAGAGCGGGACUGACGAGGCGCGGGCGGAGGGCCAGGCCACAGAGGAGAAGAAGGAGCCCAAGGAACCACGAGAAGGAGUUGGGGCUCUAGAGGAAGAAGCAAAGGAGAAGACCAGCGAGGCGCCCAAGAAGGAUGACGAGAAAGGGAAAGACGGCGACAGCGAGAAGGAGUCAGAAAAGAGUGACGGGGACCCGAUAGUUGAUCCUGAGAAGGAGAAGGAGCCCAAGGAAGGGCAGGAGGAAGUGCUGAAGGAAGUGGUGGAGUCGGAGGGGGAAAGGAAGACGAAGGUGGAGCGUGACAUCGGCGAGGGCAACCUCUCCACCGCUGCGGCCGCUGCCCUGGCUGCCGCUGCCGUGAAGGCCAAGCACUUGGCUGCUGUUGAGGAGAGGAAGAUCAAAUCUCUGGUGGCCCUGCUGGUGGAGACCCAGAUGAAAAAGUUGGAAAUCAAACUCCGGCACUUUGAGGAGCUAGAGACGAUCAUGGACCGGGAGCGAGAAGCACUGGAGUAUCAGAGGCAGCAGCUCCUGGCUGACAGACAAGCCUUCCACAUGGAGCAGCUGAAGUACGCGGAGAUGAGGGCCCGGCAGCAGCACUUCCAGCAAAUGCACCAACAGCAGCAGCCGCCCCCGCAAGCCCUGCCCCCGGGCUCCCAGCCUGUCCCACCUGCGGGCGCUGCUGGGCCACCUGCUGUCCACGGCUUGGCUCUGGCUCCAGCCUCCAUGGCCCCUGCCUCUGCGGGCAGUGGGGCCCCUCCCGGAAGCUUGGGCCCCUCUGAACAGAUUGGGCAGGCCGGGUCAACUGCAGUGCCACAGCAGCAACAAGCAGCUGGAGCCCCCCAGCCUGGGGCAGUCCCACCAGGGGUACCCCCCCCUGGACCCCACGGCCCCUCACCGUUCCCCAACCAACAAACUCCUCCCUCAGUGAUGCCAGGGGCAGUGCCAGGCAGCGGGCACCCAGGCGUGGCGGACCCAGGCACCCCCCUGCCUCCAGACCCCACGGCCCCGAGUCCAGGCACAGUCACCCCUGUGCCGCCCACACAGUGAGGAGCCAGCCAGACAUCUCUCUCCCUCACCCCCCAUGGAUAUCAAGGUUCCAGGAACAGCCCUCUCCCCACCACUGGGACCCUUCCCCAGCCUGGAGAGUUCAUCACUACGUAAGGAAAGCUCCUCCUGCCCCUCCAAAGCCCCCACCAUGCCUGUCAGAGGCAUGCACUUUUAUAUUGGAUUAUUCAAGGACUUCUGUUGAAAAGAUGUUUCUAAUGUCUGGGAGAGAAGAUAGGAUGGGGAUACUGCCCUCAAAGGAAGGGCUGGGGGAAGUGUUUAUACAAGGUUCUAAUUAACCGCUUCUAAGGGUACAUCCCCUCAAAACUAUUGCAUUUUUUAUGGAUU